CCUAGUUUAUUCAAGCAGGGAGACGUAAUGAUAGGAGGGAUUUUCCCGGUUUUCAACAAAGACAUAAGUAGCAUUUCUACGUUCGAGAGAGAGGCGCCAAGUGUGAAGUGUGCAGGAUUUUACCCGCGUGCUUUUCGAUGGACCCAAGUAAUGAUUUUUGCAAUUGAAGAAAUCAACAAUGAUCCUUUAUUCUUGCCAAAUAUUUCCCUUGGCUAUAGGAUCCUUAACUCUUGUUCAUCACCCACAAAUACUCUACGUGCUGCACUUAUGCUGGUUAGUGGACCAGAGAAGAAAGAAUUCAAUUUCACUUGUCCUCCACCGAUAUCUGCCCUCGUGGCAGAAUCAGGAUCGUCUCAGUCUUUAGCAGUGGCUGGAACUGUUGGACCAUUUCAAGUGCCACUAGUUAGUUAUUUCUCAACAUGUGCCUGUCUGAGUAACCGAGCAAAAUAUCCAACAUUUUUUCGGACAAUCCCCAGUGACUAUUUCCAGGCGAAAGCUCUGGCAGCACUUGUAAAACAUUUUGGCUGGCAGUGGAUCGGGGUUAUACAGUCAGACAAUGACUACGGGCGAGGUGGGAUUCAGGCUUUUACUGAGGAGGUUAAGAACCUUGGGGUUUGUAUAGCCUUUGUCGGGACAGUUUUACGAACAUAUAUGAUGGAUAAAAUUCUGGAUGUUGUGGAAAUGAUCAAGCUGUCAACUGUCAAAGUCAUUCUUGCUUUUACUCCAGAGGGGGACUUUUACCCUUUGAUGAAGGAGGUUGUGAAACAAAACAUUACAGGAAUUCAGUGGAUUGCCAGCGAGGCCUGGAUAACAGCAGUUCGACUCUCAACACCCGACAUGUAUCAAGCUUUUGGGGGAGCCCUAGGAUUUGGGUUGCAGAAGACGGCUAUUCCAAAUCUAGAACCGUUUCUAAGAGGCAUUAGCCCUUAUAAUGAUCCAAGUGCAGCCUUUGUGAGGGUCUUCUGGGAAAUUAUGGUCGGUUGUUAUCCUCUCUUACCUGGGGACCAAGCAGGGACUGAGGCGACAAAGGAAAAAUGCACAGGAAAUGAGACAUUUUUGAAUCCUCAGGAUGAUUUCUUCAAUGUCACACAACUCAGAGUGUCCUACAAUGUGCAUAAAGCCGUUUAUGCCAUUGCACAUGCCCUACAUCAGCUGUUAUUCUGUCAACCAGUCGGAGAAAUUACAGUGAGGCCAUGUCUGAAUAUAUCAAACAUUCAGCCUAAACAGGUCACUGAUCACUUAAAAAGGGUGAAUUUUAAGAAUCCGUUUGGGGAUAAUGUGUUUUUUGAUGUCAACGGUGACCCCCCUGCCUUUUAUGAUAUUAUUAACUGGCAACUUAUAGAUGGGCAGGUGCAGCAUGUCACAGUGGGUAAUUUUGCCUCUGCCGCUGACGAAACUUAUAAGCUCAGGAUACAAAAGGAAAAAAUAGUGUGGAAUACAGGAAAAACGGUGCCGACAUCGAUGUGCUCUAAUGUGUGUCCAGUAGGAACCAGACGAGCUCAACAAAAGGGAAAACCCAUUUGUUGUUUUGACUGUAUCCCAUGUGCUGAUGGAACUAUAGCCAACUCAACAGGUGCAGCAGACUGCACACCCUGUCCACGGGAAUACUGGUCCAAUGUGGUCAGAGAUGAGUGCAUUCCAAAAACAAUUGAGUUCCUGACAUAUCACGAGUCGAUGGGAAUAGCUAUAACAGUAUUGUCCCUGCUAGGGGCAUCCCUGUCGCUGGCAACAAUGAUCAUCUUUAUCUAUUACAAAGAGACUCCUGUGAUAAAGGCCAGCAACUCUGAGCUGAGCUGUUUCCUUUUGCUUUCUCUCUUUUUGUGUUUUCUUUGUCCCCUCACAUUCAUUGGCAGACCCACAGUGUAUACGUGCAUGCUGCGCCACACUGCGUUUGGUGUGACAUUUGCACUUUGUAUUUCCUGUGUGUUAGGAAAAACUAUUGUUGUUGUUACAGCUUUCAAAGCCACAUAUCGUGGCAACACAUUUGCUGGAAAGUUUGGCCCUGCUCAGCAAAGGAUCAUAGUUUGCUUCUGUACAUUGAUUCAGAUAGUGAUAUGUGUGUUGUGGCUGAAGUUAAAUCCACCUUUCCCAGACAUGGUUUUCAGACAGAGCAAUAAGAAGAUUCUUCUAGGAUGUAAUACAGGCUCUGAGGCUGCUUUUUAUGCAGUGCUGGGGUACAUAGGGAUCCUUGCAUUAAUGUGUUUAGCCCUGGCAUUCCUAGCAAGAAAGUUGCCUGAUAACUUUAAUGAAGCAAAACUAAUCACGUUCAGCAUGCUGAUAUUCUGUGCUGUCUGGAUCACCUUUAUCCCAGCAUAUGUCAGCUCUCCUGGAAAGUUCACUGUUGCUGUGGAAAUAUUUGCAAUUUUGUCUUCAACAUUUGGCUUAUUUACUUGCAUUUUUGCACCUAAAUGUUACAUAAUAUUGUUCAAGCCAGAGAAAAAUACCAAAAAACAUGUCAAGGGCAAAAAUCUUUCAGAAAAAAGGAUUUCUUAAUGUUACUUCAUUUAAUGUGAUGUUAUGUGCUGAUCAAUUAGUCUAAUAUUUCAUAUAUUUCCUGCAUAAUAUGCAGGUGUGACAACCCUGGCUGCCUUCCCUGCAUGUGUGGAGGGGGCGUGGCAGAGGGACGUCAGGGCCAUGGAUUCACCUGAGGAAAUCCGUGGCACUGG